AAAAAAAAAAAAAAAAAAAAAAAAAAUCCUUUCAUUUUUUUUUCUUACUUUUCUUUAGUAAAAGAGCACUUUUCUUCUUCUUCUUUAUUGAACCAAAAGAAAGAAAGAAAGAAAUAGAGAGAAAGAGAUCCAAAAUAUACAUAUAUAGAUAUAUACUCAAUUCAUCCUUCUUUAUCAUUAGUUCAUGUCUUUCGAUUCAAACCAUCUUGAUCAUAGCAACACAACUCAUAUAGAAAAGACAGAUAUAUAUCAUCAAGACAUUCAGUAUUCAGAACCACACCAUGAUGCAAAAGGAAAAAAGAAACAACGCUUACCAGAGGUUAAUCCAAAUGAACCCUGCUUCAUUCAACAACUCUCGGUAGAAGUCAUGUUGCAUAUCUUUGCAAGACUUGACCCUAUCAGUUUAGCUACAGUGGCGAAGGUGUGUCAUUUUUGGAGACAGAUGGUCAUGGACGAUAGUUGUUGGCGAGAUGCGUUUGUGUCUUAUUUUGGAAGACUUCCUUUCAAGAGACUCUCGACUGAAAGUUGGAAGACAGAAUACGUGUUAAGAACACAUUUGAUUCGAAAAUGGACAAAGAGUCGCGGUACAGUCAUGUCCUUUCAACCUAAAAUUGGUUCCAUCGAAUCCAUGCAUGUCGAUUUCGAAAAUGCUUCUAUGCUUGUCUCAAGUGCUGAACAAGGUAUUGCUGUCAAAUGCAAUGUAGCUACAGGAAAAGUACAUCAACGCCAUCCAUUCUACAGUACCCAUGACAACAUACGUCUUCCUAUCACAGCUACAUUGAUUGAAAAAGACCGUAUCUUAUGGGGAUUUGAUGCAGGCUAUAUCACUUUAUCCACAAGCAAAAAAGGUCUAAUUGUCUUUUCAGAUUUCCAUCAAGGACCUGUCAGCCUAUUGUGUUUACCUAAGCAGACGCAUGAUGUAGUUAUCAGUGGUGGUUUAGAUGGCACCGUGAAAUUAUGGGAUGUUGCAACAACUUCAUGUGCUUGGACAUUUUCUUCCUCCAAGACGCCUACUUGCAUCAAGACAAGUGUAGAUCAUCGUCUGAUUGUAGGCUACGAUGAUGGUUCUGUGGCUGUUUGGUUAUUGAAUCUAAACCAGCUUGUGCGCUUGCAUCGAAACAACCGUAUAGAAGGAUUUGAAGAGAACAAGAGAGCUUGGAUUGACUCUCUUGAGAAAAACAAGCGAUGGAUACAUGCACCUGCCAAGACUCAUGCGGCUGUUCAUUCGAUGUCGUAUGACCCAGAGACACAUGCAUUGAUGGUUGCUUAUACAGGUAAAUCUCAAGUAUGCAAGUACAAUCUAGACACAGGUGCUUGUCUUGCCGUGUUUGAUCAUCGCCGUCCUGUGACCUGUAUGAAAUGGGACAAGACAGUUCCUUCCACACUGAUUUCGCUUGAAUCUGCACUGAUACGAUCUACAUCCAAACAACGUAAAGCAGGCACUCGAAUCCAUCUGUCAUCUGCUUCUACUACAGCCUCUGUACCGUCUCCAGAUCAAGGGGCUAAGACAACCCAUUUACUUGUGACAGGCGAUGAUCUAGGUACGCUGUAUCUAUGGGACAGUAACCAAGACCAUCCGAAAACCCCAGUGCGUACCUUAUCAGAAGGUCAUAUCACAGCCAUCAGUUGUAUUUACCUGGACGCAUUUAAGCUUGUCACAGGUAGUGAUGAUGGCUGGAUUCGUGUCUGGGAUCCUUUGACAGGCAUCAAUCUCUGCACGUUGGGCAACAAGAUCCCUAAACAUGCGCCUGUGGAUCGUUCAGAUGUCCAUGUGAUGCGAGUGAAAAACCUAUGGUGUAGCCAUGAUUAUCGCGGUGUGGCUACGAUUGGUCAUCAAGUUAAAGUAUGGGAUUUCUCGCCUGAUAAGCAGUUCUUGACUCGACCCUUAAAGCCAAAAUCCAAUCGACCCAUCACACGAGAUCGUUUUCGGUACGAAAUCAAGGAUGAAGUCAAGGAAUCCAUGGACAAGAUAGCAUCUGAGAAACAAGACCGUGAAAGAGAAGAAAAAGAGUUGAACAAACUCUCAUUGGGUGGACUGACAGAUGAAGAGAUGUUAGAUUAUGCCAUGAUGUUGUCUCAACAAGAACAUACUCCCUCAAGUGAUUUUGUGGAUGUGGAUGAUGAAGAACUGAUGAAAGCAGUGAUUGCUAGUUUGAAUGUAAAUCAACAUACAAGUAGCAGUGAUCAAAGCGAAUGGAAUGAAGAAGAAUGGCCUACAGUAUCAGAAGCCACAAGUAUACAGGAUGAAGAUGACAUGGAUGAAGACAUGCGCUAUAUUCUUGAAUUAAGUAAAACAGACAAAUAAAUUUCUUUUUCUUUUAUUGCA